AUGAUUCGAAGGACCGGACGUGGAGACUUGGUGCCAAAGCGAAGGCCCGAGAAGGAGCCUUUGCCGCCGGAGCUAGCAACCCGCCUGGCGAGGCUCGACCCCUGGAGCGAGGAGCUCAACUUCCGCCAUGCCUGCCUGGGACAGACCGGCACUGUCCAUCUUGCGCCAUUCAUCAAGUGCCUGCAGUCCUUACAGAUUCUGGAGCUCUGUGGCAACUACAUCGGCUCAAAAGGCAUCGCGCCCCUGGUCAAGAUGCUGGAGACGCAGUGGGACCUGAAGUACCUGGGACUCGCAUGGAAUGGCCUGGGUGAUGAGUCCUGCCGUCAUCUUGCAGACAAGCAGACAGACAGAGUGCGAAACAUCGUCGGUUUACUCAAAAUGUCCGACGAGAUGUGUCUUGCCGAUGACGAGAAGCCCGAAGCGUUGCACAGAAGCCGGUGUGCUGUGCCGGGCUUGCCGCUCCGUGAGCUUCAGGACCAGUUUUCACCUCCAGAGUGCGAGCCUGACGAUCUGCCCGGCAUCGUUGCAAGAAACCAUGACCAAGUGAUGCAGAAGCUCCGUCGGCAAGAGUUGCUCUUGAACGAGCUCUUGGUCAGGCGUCCGGGGAGCCGGAGUAUGAGCACGCCGCCCACGCCAAAGCCCACCGAUGUUGGCGAGUCUCCUGCGACGAGUUCCCGAAGCUCUCAGUCUCGGCUCCACAGGCCACGACGCCCAAGCGGCGGCUCCUUCACUCCGACACUUUUCGUGAGCUACACUGAGCAAGACUUGGAAGUCAAAGCGGGGGCAUCAGAAGUCCAUGGCACAACGAUCCGACGAAAAUUUGCCUCCAUGCGGGUAGAGAACCCGGCAGACACUGCAACCACGGACAGUAUCUUGAGCCGUUCCUGCCGCGGUGUUUACAGGACCAUCGCAGCCAUUGUGCACAGCACCUUCUUUGAUGCCUUCUUCACUUUGGUGGUGAUCGCAAACACGGCGUUUAUCGGUCUCGACGUGCAGUACACGAUCUGGAACGACGGGAUUCAACCUGCUUUUUUCUACGUGGGCAACUAUGUAUUCUCAACCCUCUUUGCCGUAGAGCUCUUCUUGCGGCUGUACGUGGAGAGAUGGGCUCUUUAUUGUGGAGAGGACUGGAUGUGGGGUUGGCUUGACACCUUUAUCGUUUUGACAGCACUCUGGGAUAUCGUCGUCGAUGUCUGGAUGGCUUCCCAGCAAGGUGCCGAGUCAGUGGCAGACAUGUCCGGGCUCAGGGCAUUCCGAAUCAUUCGCAUCACACGUAUUGUAAAGGCGGUGCGAUUGAUGCGAAUAUUCCGGUUUGUCAUGGCUCUGCGGAUGCUGGUCGGAAGUAUUGUGAAUACCCUCAAAUCAUUGUUCUGGGCACUGGUUCUGUUGAUUCUCAUCGUUUAUGUUUUUGGCGUCAUCUUCUCUCAAGCAGUGAAUGAUUUUCUCCAGGACCAGGAGCCCGACGCACCAACUGUGACAGAGCAGGGCAGGGAAGUGUUGCAGGCCCGCUUUGGAACAGUUCUGGACGCAAUGUUAUCUUUGUUCAUGAGUAUCACCAACGGCAUCAGCUACGUUGAGCUGUUGACGCCGCUUGCGGCCCUGUCGGGCUUGUGGAUCUUCGUCUUCCUUUUCUACAUGAGCUUCACUUACUUCGCGGUAUUGAACGUCGUCACAGGAGUCUUCUGCCACUCUGCGAUUGAAUCUGCGCAGAAUGACCAUGCCGCUGUUGUGCAGAACAUUCUUGAGAACAAGGAAAGUCACAUGAGAAAGCUUCGGCAGCUUUUCAGCAAGUUCAACGCGGAAACUGGUAGCGACGAGCUCGACGCCAUCAUCACAUUUCCUAUGUUUGAGGAGAAGAUUAACACGCCGGCCGUGCGAGAAUACUUCGAGAGUCUGAACUUGGCGUUGAGGGACAGGUUGGAUACAGAGGUGCGCUUGGUAAGCCGGCUGCA